AAGGGUCUUAGGAGAGUUAAAAGUUAUUUUUAAAUGUUAUUUUUUUAAAUAAAAUCAUACGUUAUUUAUUCGUGAUUUAUUUAUUUUAUUAUAAUCUAAUAUGCAACUUGUCCUUCGACGAUUAAAAUGGCAGCUGUUGAGCGUAGCUUUUGGUUUUUCAAUAUUUUAUGGAACAUCUUUCUUUCAUUCUCGCUACAUGUUUAAUUUUAAAAAAACUAAUAAUAACCAAGUGCAAAACGGAUUUAUUUUGGUUAUAGGUAUAUUAAGCAAAUUAAACGAGUUUAAUAGAAGAAGCGCAAUUCGUUUUACGUGGUUAAAAACUUGCAAGGAAAAUGAAGCUUUAGUCUACUGUAGGUUUUUUACAGAUUCUCCUGAAAAUGAAAGUAACAACACUAAGUUGAAAAUAAAAACAGAAAUUGAAAAAUAUGGAGAUAUUGUGUUUAUGCCAUUCAAAGGAGGACAUAAUUUUGGCUUACGAUUAGUUUGGAUGCUUAAUUGGUUUAGUGAAUACAGUUUUAACUAUUUCCUACGUAUAGAUGACGACUACUUUUUAUGUCUUGAAAGUCUUUUACUUGAACUGCCUAGCCGACCAAAAAGAGGUCUAUAUUGGGGGUAUAUACAUUGUCGUGACCACGUUGUUAGAGUUGAUGAAGGGUGGAUGUUGUUAUCUCGAGAUAUUAUAGACGAAGCUCUUUCUAAGUUAAAUACCACGUUACAAUGUCAUCCAUUUGGGGAUCAAGCAGUGGCUAUGUGGAUCAGAGAUAGUAAAAUAAACAUUACAUAUUUUAUGGACAACGAUCGUGUAAUACAUGCGGCAACUGCCUUUAUUGAAGAUAAAUAUAUGACACCAAAUAUUUGCCAAUAUUAUUUAGCAUUGCAUGGGGCUUAUCCAUCACAAAUGCUUAAGUACUGGAUUUUAAGUAAAAGCAUUGAUAAAGUUAGGUUGAAUAUAAAUAACAAAAUAAGUAUACCUCCGUUUGACACAGUGUGUAAAUAUAGUAAAGAGUUUGAUUGGAGAUGGUUCUACCCACACGUUAAAUUUGAACCAAAACCUUGUCAUACAAAUCCUGUUUGGUCUAUAACUCACACGGAGUUUAAAGGUCGUGAAGACAUUGGUUCUGAAGUUUUGUAUUAAAACGUUUUGACUGAUAACCUGACCGAUAUUUCUUCCGUUGAUAAAAAGUUUGUUGUAAUUUGAGAUAUGAAAAGUUAUAUUUGUAAAUAAUUUAAAAACUUUUUUAUAUUAUAUAGAAAGAAAAAAAAAAGAAAGCUAUA